AAAAGCUAGCUAGCUCUCCUAUAGCGACCAGCAGGCAGGUAGAGGUAGUUGUCAUGGCAUCUUCAUCUCUAUCAGUGGUGCUGCUCCUGUGCCUGGCCGCGGCGGCGUCGGCGCAGAUAUCCCCGACGUUCUACGACGCGUCGUGCCCGGUGGCGCUGGCCACCAUCAAGAGCGGCGUGGCGGCCGCCGUGAGCAGUGACCCCCGCAUGGCCGCGUCGCUGCUCCGGCUGCACUUCCACGACUGCUUCGUCCAAGGCUGUGACGCGUCCGUUCUGCUGGCUGGCAACGAGCGGAACGCAUUCGGGAACGUGGGAUCGCUGCGGGGCUUCGACGUCAUCGAAAAAAUCAAGUCGGAUGUGGAGCGCGCGUGCAAGCGCGUCGUCUCCUGCGCCGACAUCCUCGCCGUCGCCGCCCGCGAUUCCGUCGUCGCGGUGGGAGGGCCGUCGUGGACGGUGUCGCUGGGGAGGAGGGACUCUGACACGGCUAGCGAGACACUGGCCAACCGCGACCUGCCUCCGCCAUCGCUCGGCGUCGCCGACCUCAACACCCGCUUCGCCGCCAAGGGGCUCAACCUCACCGACAUGGUCGCCCUCUCCGGCGCGCACACCAUCGGCCGGGCGCAGUGCCGGAACUUCAGGAGCAGGCUCUACAACGAGGCCAACAUCGACCCGGACUUCGCGACGGCGCGCAUGGCCACCUGCCCUCAGCCCCUCGGCUCCGGCGACGGCAACCUGGCCCCGCUGGACGCCACCACCCCGGACACCUUCAACAACGAUUACUUCGUCAACCUCAAGCUCAAUAAGGGGCUCCUGCACUCCGACCAGGUGUUGUACGCCGUUGCCGGCGGUGCCACCGAAGAAAUCAUCGACGGCUUCGCAUCUAACCCGGACGCGUUCAGCAAUGCCUUCGCCGCGGCCAUGGUGAAGAUGGGGAACAUCAGCCCCUUGAUUUUCCCACAGGGUCUCAUCAGGCGCACCUGCUCCAAGACGACCUAAGAACAUAUAGCCUCCACGCCAUGCAUCAACCUGCAGCUUUGAGAUUUGAAUUAACCACAUUUUUUCUCCACAAAAUGAGCCAUCUAAUAUGUGUCUUCAGCGCCUUGUACUGCCACGUACUCCAUUAUUUGUUGCCUUCUCUGUAUCCAUUUUCACCUUUUGGGGAUCUCAACAUUCUUCUAUUAAUUUGUUUCUCGUCUGUUCUACAAUCACUAAAGGUUCGCUUCAGUUUCA